AUGAUUGAAAAAAAGCGUCAAUACAAUUCGGAAGGCUCAAGCAGCAUUGUGGCAUCAUUUACUACAGGUAACUCAAGACCAUCAAGAAAUUCAGCAUCAAGCAUUCCAAGUUAUGCAUCAAGCAAUUUAGCGGAUUCAAGUCAUGCCUUACCAAGUUCAGCUGACAUUUCAAGUUCAAGAAGUUCAAGCAGAAGCAGUUUUUCAAGUAUCAGUCUGGCAACCUCAAGCAGUUUAGCAGCUUCCAGUAGUCUGGCAACCUCGAGCAGUUGCAACUUCCAGCAGUCUGGCAACCUCAACAGUCUGGCAACCUCAAGCAGUUUAGCAGCUUCCAGUAGUCUGGCAACCUCAAGCAGUUUGGCAGCUUCCAGCAGCUCUGGCAACCUCAAGCAGUUUAGCAAGCUUCCUAGCAGUCUGUUAGCAGCUUCUAGCAAUCUGGCAACCUCAAGCAGUGCAACAGCUUCUAGCAGUCUGGCAACCUCAAGCAUUGCAGCAGCUUCAGCAGUCCUGGGCAACCUCAAGCAGUUGGCAGCUUCCAGCAGUCUGCAGUCUGGCAACCUCAAGCAGUGUAGCACUUCCAGCAGUCUGUCAACCUCAGCAGUGUUAGCAGCUACCUCAAGCAGUCUGGCAGCUUCAUCAGCAGUCUGGCAACCUCAAGCAGUUGUAGCCAGCUUCCAGCAGUCUGGCAACCUCAAGCAGUGUAGCCACUUCCAGCACAGUCUGGCAACCUCAAGCAGUGUAGCCACUUCCAGCAGUCUGGCAACCUCAAGCAGUGUAGCAGCUUCGAGCAGUCUGGCAACCUCAAGCAGUGUAGCCACUUCCAGCAUGCAGCAGCUUCCACCAAUCUUGGAAGUUCAAGCAGCUUUGAUUCCACACCUUCAAUCAGUUCAGAAAGCAGUUUGA